AUGGCUGUGUAUGGUGGCACCAUAGUGGCGAUGGGUGAGGCCCUGGUGCAUGUGAGGAACACUCCCCUCCCACUCUGGCUGGGGGUAUUUCUGUUCCAAUAUGGAUGGCCCCUGGUUGUGCACUCCCAACGCCAUGGUCCCCCAGAAGUGGUGAUUCCCUUGAAGGUGGCAGGCACUGGCAUUGGCAUGAAGCCUCAAGGUUGGCUUUCUUACACAAUGCAUUUUGGGGGCCAGAAACACAUUGUCCACAUGAAAGUCAACAAGCUUCUCCUGUCCAAACACCUCCCAGUAUUCACCUACACAGACCAGGGUGCUAUCCUUAUGGAACAGCCUUUUGCCCAGAAUGACUGCUACUAUCAAGGUUAUGUAGAGGGGGAUCUAGAAUCCCUGGUUGCCCUCAAUACCUGUUUUGGGGGCUUUCAAGGAGUCAUACAGACAAACAACAUGGUUUAUGAAAUAGAGCCCAAAAGACUUUCUACCACAUUUGAACAUUUUGUAUAUAAGAUGGACAGUGAGCAGACACAACCCAUGAGAUGUGGGUUAACAGAUGAAGAAAUAGCACAACAACUGAAGCAUCAAGAAAGUGUUAAUUUCACUUUGACGCAGAGUGGGUAUGAAGGCUGGUGGACCCACUGGCGGUUUUAUGAAGUGGCAGUGGUAGUGGACCACAAUCUAUAUCUUUAUCACAAAAAUAACAUCUCAAGAAUGCAAUACCUAUUAGUCAAUGUUUUCAAUAUCGCAGAUAGCCUUUUUAGACAACUGAAUAUUGAACUGAUUUUAACGGGAAUUGAGAUCUGGAAUGAGGGUAAUCCCAUAGAAAUAGUCGAAAUACAGAUGACACUUGAUUCCUUCUGCAAGUGGAAGAGGCCUAGCUAUAAUAAACGCGUACAUCAUGAUGCUACAGUUCUUCUUGUGAGGAGUACAUUUAAGAAUGCACUUACUACGCUAGGCUCUAUUUCAUCAGUAUGUGACCCAGAUUCGAACUGUGCAGUUGUGAGUUACAUGAGUGAUGAUUUGUUUCAUUCAGCAUUUCUUGUGACACAUGCGACUAGUCAUCCUUUGGGUAUGUCUCAUGAUGGAGACAACUGUAAAUGUUCGAGAGGACCCUGCAUAAUGUCUGGAAUCUCAAGCCGUAAUGGUCGGUUCAGCAACUGCAGUUAUAAUGAUUUCAUAAACGAUAUUAAACACAGAACUUGUGUGAACCUUCCACCAGAUUCAAAGCACCUCAUUAUAUAUAAACGAUGUGGGAACGGUGUGGUUGAAGAAGAAGAAGAGUGUGACUGUGGUACUUUAGAUUUGUGUUUGCGAGAUCGAUGCUGUGAAUUCGACUGUUCUUUGAACAUUGAUGCCGCUUGUGCUUUUGGGCGUUGUUGCAAAAACUGCCAGUUCUUGCCAUACGGCACAGUUUGUAGACAAGAGAAAAAUGAAUGUGAUCUCCCAGAGUGGUGCAAUGGGACAUCCCACAUUUGCCCAGAAGAUGUAUAUAUGCAGAAUGGAAUGCCAUGUGAGGGCGGUGGCAACUGCUAUGAAAAUAGGUGCAAUAGCCGUGAAAAACAGUGUAGGAAAAUUUUUGGCAAAGAGGCCAAGAAUGCAAAUCUCACUUGCUACACAAAUAUUAAUACCCGAGGUGACCGUUUUGGUCACUGUGGUUUAACAGCCUCUGGCUACAUAAAAUGUAACCUCUCAGAUAUCUUGUGUGGGAGGAUUCAGUGUGAAAACGUGAUGGAAAUUCCCCUUCUCAGUGAUCAUUCUACUGUGCAUUGGACUCACUUCAAUGGUGCCGUCUGCUGGAGUACAGACUACCACCAUGGGACACCCAUACUUGACAUUGGUGAUGUGAAAGAUGGUACAGAGUGUGGUGCAGAACAUGUUUGCAUCAAAAGUAAGUGUGUCAGUAGGUCAUCUCUGCUAACUAAUUGUUCAUCUAAGAACUGCAAUAUGCAUGGGAUCUGCAACAACAGACAAAACUGCCAUUGUUACAGAGGCUGGGAGCCCCCCAAAUGUGUGAAACAAGGCUUUGGAGGUAGUAUUGAUAGUGGCCCACCCCCUAAGAUAAAAAUGAAGAGAAAGGGAAAAGAGAAAUCCCUGCUACUUUCGUUGAUUAUUUUUUUUCUUGUAUUGUGCUUGUUAAUUUGUUAUUUUGUGGUAUACAAAAGAAGAAAUAUGAAUGUUCCACCUAUUCCUGAGGAAAAAGAGGUAAAUCUCGACACCUUACCUACGAAAGUAAAGCAAGAUGUUCCAAUUUCACUUAAGCAAAAGAAGUAA